UCUCUCCUCCCGUUGCUAGGGAGAUGGUCCAGGAGCGCCCGGCGUGAGCCGCCCCUCGAGUGGAGCCGGAGACUGCGGUCGUCAUUGAUCCACCGAAGCAGCGGGACCGAAAUUACCGACCUUAGCAAUGAUGUGUGAAGUGAUGCCCACGAUUAAUGAGGACACCCCAAUGAGCCAAAGGGGGUCCCAAAGCAGUGGCUCGGACUCAGACUCCCAUUUUGAGCAGCUGAUGGUGAAUAUGCUAGAUGAAAGGGACCGUCUUCUAGACACCCUUCGAGAGACACAAGAAAGUCUUUCACUUGCCCAGCAAAGACUGCAGGAUGUCAUCUAUGACAGAGAUUCGCUCCAGAGACAGCUCAAUUCAGCCCUGCCACAGGAUAUCGAAUCCUUAACAGGAGGUCUGACUGGUUCUAAGGGGGCUGAUCCACCGGAAUUUGCUGCACUGACGAAAGAAUUAAAUGCCUGUAGGGAACAACUUCUAGAAAAGGAAGAAGAAAUUUCUGAACUUAAAGCUGAAAGAAACAAUACAAGACUGUUACUGGAGCAUUUGGAGUGCCUUGUGUCCAGGCAUGAAAGGUCCCUGAGAAUGACGGUGGUGAAACGGCAGGCCCAGUCCCCCUCGGGAGUCUCCAGCGAAGUUGAGGUUCUCAAGGCACUGAAAUCUUUGUUUGAGCACCACAAGGCCUUGGAUGAAAAGGUAAGGGAACGACUGAGGGUUUCUUUAGAAAGAGUCUCUGCACUGGAAGAAGAACUAGCUGCUGCUAAUCAGGAGAUUGUUGCCUUGCGUGAACAAAAUGUUCAUAUACAAAGAAAAAUGGCAUCAAGUGAGGGAUCCACAGAAUCAGAACAUCUUGAAGGGAUGGAACCUGGCCAGAAAGUCCAUGAAAAGCGUUUAUCCAAUGGUUCUAUAGACUCAACUGAUGAAACCAGUCAAAUAGUUGAACUACAAGAAUUGCUUGAAAAGCAAAACUAUGAAAUGGCCCAAAUGAAAGAGCGUUUGGCGGCCCUUUCUUCCCGAGUGGGAGAGGUAGAACAAGAAGCAGAGACAGCAAGGAAGGAUCUCAUUAAAACAGAAGAAAUGAACACUAAAUAUCAAAGGGACAUUAGGGAGGCCAUGGCACAGAAAGAAGAUAUGGAAGAAAGGAUCACAACCCUUGAGAAGCGUUACCUCAGUGCUCAGAGAGAAUCUACCUCCAUACACGACAUGAAUGAUAAACUAGAAAAUGAGUUAGCAAAUAAAGAGGCCAUCCUACGGCAGAUGGAAGAGAAGAACAGACAGUUACAAGAGCGUCUUGAGCUCGCUGAGCAAAAGUUGCAGCAGACGAUGAGAAAAGCUGAGACCUUACCCGAAGUAGAGGCUGAGCUGGCGCAGAGAAUUGCAGCCCUGACAAAGGCUGAAGAGAGACAUGGAAACAUUGAAGAACGUAUGAGACAUCUAGAAGGUCAACUUGAAGAGAAAAAUCAAGAACUUCAGAGAGCUAGGCAAAGAGAGAAAAUGAAUGAGGAGCACAACAAAAGGCUAUCCGACACUGUGGACAGACUUCUGACUGAAUCCAAUGAGCGCUUACAGUUGCACUUAAAGGAAAGAAUGGCCGCUCUGGAAGAGAAGAAUGUCUUAAUUCAAGAAUCAGAAACUUUCAGAAAAAAUCUGGAAGAAUCUUUACAUGAUAAGGAAAGAUUAGCAGAAGAAAUUGAAAAGCUGAGAUCUGAACUUGACCAAUUGAAAAUGAGAACUGGCUCUUUAAUUGAACCCACAAUAUCAAGGACUCAUCUGGACACGUCGGCCGAAUUGCGCUAUUCAGUCGGCUCCCUCGUGGACAGCCAGUCUGACUACAGAACCACGAAAGUAAUAAGAAGACCACGGAGAGGCCGCAUGGGUGUGCGAAGAGAUGAGCCCAAGGUAAAAUCUCUUGGAGAUCAUGAGUGGAACAGGACUCAGCAAAUUGGCAUGCUAAGCAGUCACCCUUUUGAAAGUGACACAGAAAUUUCUGAUAUUGAUGAUGAUGACCGAGAAACAAUUUUUAGCUCCAUGGAUCUCCUUUCUCCAAGUGGUCAUUCUGAUGCCCAGACUCUAGCCAUGAUGCUUCAGGAACAAUUGGACGCCAUCAACAAAGAAAUCAGGCUAAUUCAGGAAGAAAAAGAAUCUACAGAGUUACGUGCUGAAGAGAUUGAGAACAGAGUAGCUAGUGUGAGCCUGGAAGGCCUGAAUUUAGCGAGAGUCCACCCAGGUACCUCCAUCACUGCCUCGGUUACAGCUUCUUCACUGGCCAGUUCAUCUCCCCCCAGUGGACACUCGACGCCAAAGCUCACCCCGCGAAGUCCUGCCAGGGAAAUGGAUCGGAUGGGAGUCAUGACACUGCCCAGUGAUCUAAGGAAGCACCGGAGAAAGAUCGCGGUGGUGGAAGAGGAUGGUCGGGAAGAUAAAGCGACCAUUAAAUGUGAAACUUCCCCUCCCCCCACCCCCAGAGCCAUCCGGAUGACUCACACCCUCCCUUCCUCCUACCACAAUGAGGCAAGAAGUUUAUCUGCCUCUCUUGAGCCAGAAAGCCUCGGGCUUGGCAGUGCCAACAGCAGCCAAGACUCUCUCCACAAAGCCCCCAAGAAGAAGGGAAUCAAGUCUUCAAUAGGACGUUUGUUUGGGAAAAAGGAGAAAGCCCGACUCGGACAGCUCCGAGGCUUCAUGGAGACGGAAGCCGCCGCUCAGGAGUCCCUGGGUUUAGGCAAACUUGGAACUCAAGCUGAGAAGGACAGAAGACUGAAGAAAAAGCAUGAACUUCUAGAAGAGGCUCGAAGGAAGGGAUUACCUUUUGCCCAGUGGGAUGGGCCCACUGUAGUCGCAUGGCUAGAGCUCUGGCUGGGAAUGCCUGCCUGGUACGUGGCAGCCUGCCGAGCCAACGUGAAGAGCGGGGCCAUCAUGUCUGCGCUGUCAGACACGGAGAUCCAGAGAGAGAUUGGAAUCAGCAAUCCUCUGCAUCGCUUAAAGCUCCGAUUAGCAAUCCAGGAGAUGGUUUCCCUCACAAGCCCUUCAGCUCCUCCCACAUCCCGAACUCCUUCAGGCAACGUCUGGGUGACCCAUGAAGAAAUGGAAAAUCUUGCAGCUCCAGCGAAAACGAAAGAAUCUGAGGAAGGAAGCUGGGCCCAGACCCUGGCCUAUGGAGAUAUGAACCACGAGUGGAUUGGAAAUGAAUGGCUUCCCAGCCUGGGGUUACCGCAGUACAGAAGCUAUUUUAUGGAAUGUUUGGUAGAUGCAAGAAUGUUAGAUCACCUAACCAAAAAGGAUCUCCGUGUCCAUUUAAAAAUGGUGGAUAGUUUCCAUCGAACAAGUUUACAGUAUGGAAUUAUGUGCUUAAAAAGGUUGAAUUAUGACAGAAAAGAACUGGAAAGAAGACGAGAAGCAAGCCAACAUGAAAUAAAAGAUGUGUUGGUGUGGAGCAACGAUCGAGUUAUUCGCUGGAUCCAGGCAAUUGGACUUCGAGAAUAUGCAAAUAAUAUUCUUGAAAGUGGCGUGCAUGGCUCUCUCAUAGCCCUGGAUGAGAACUUUGACUACAGCAGCCUAGCUUUAUUACUGCAGAUUCCAACACAGAACACCCAGGCGAGGCAGAUUCUUGAAAGGGAGUACAAUAACCUCCUGGCCCUGGGGACGGAGCGGCGGCUGGACGAACAGAGCGAUGACAAGAACUUCAGGCGCGGGUCGACCUGGAGGCGGCAGUUUCCUGCCCGCGAGGUGCACGGGAUCAGCAUGAUGCCGGGGUCCUCGGAAACCCUGCCGGCCGGAUUUAGGUUAACCACCACAUCUGGGCAGUCGAGGAAAAUGACAACGGAUGUUGCUUCUUCCAGGCUGCAGAGGUUAGACAACUCCACUGUUCGCACAUACUCAUGUUGACCAGCCACUCAAAGGAGGCAGCACUGACUUGCUAUGUCGUCUUUUCAGUCUACCCUACCUAAAGUGCACUACCACCUAAGAAGAGGAGCAGCGAACACCUUCGCGAAGACUGAAGGCUAAGGAAAUAACCACAAGUAAUGGUUUAUUAAACUGAAAAUGUGAUUUGGGGGGAAGUCACAUAUUAAGUUUGAUUAGUUUAUGACAAGUGUAAGAAAAUGCUUCUGUCAUUUGAAUAAUAAACAUCAUCCACAUCAUAAAUUCUGUACAAGAGAUGCUUUUAUGAAAUGGAGCCACUUGUUUUUCAUGUUUUAUUGUAAUAUACUAG